CCAGGCUCAAACAAGGACUAGACCAGAGCAUGGAGUUGCAAAAAAUGUGGACUUUGUUAAAGAGGCCGAAGCCGAAAUUGAGAAUCCAAAAACAAAAACCCAGUUCAUCAGUUUUGGUUUCUUAUUGUUCCAUCAACUACGUAACAGAAAAAGCACUAAACCAAGUAAAUAAAUAGAAGCAAAGCUCUGAAACUGUGUGGCAUCUUCUGCAUAGUAAUAACAGAAGAAACCUUGGACUGGGUUAACUUUUUAAACUUCUUUUCUUCUGGGCAAACCAAAAAACCAAUCUUCAAACACCAAGCUAUGAGCCAAGAACGGAAACAGCCUUCUCCUGCUCCCGCUUCUCAGCCAGAUCAGCCUCCUCCUCCAUUCGAUCCCAGUCGAAUGAUUGGCAUCAUCAAGAGGAAGGCCUUAAUAAAAGAGUUAGCUGCUGUAUACCAUGCAGAAUGCCUUGCAUACUGUCAAGAACUUCUGGAGCUUCAGAAAAAGUGGGACGAGCCAUUUAUCGAUGUUAAAAGUCCUGAUGAUUUGAAGAAAGAGAAAAUGAGGCCCCCUAAACGACUAAAGAAGUCUCGUUAAGCAAAUGAUUAUGUGAUGGCCCUGGGAUUUUAUUACUUCCCUGCAUCCACAUAAGAAAUAUCUCUCUAGACGCCUGCAUGAGCAAGCAGAGGCCAAAAACAACAGGGACCGAUCAGGAUUUCCAAUUUUCAUCAGUGUUCUGUAUUUUAUGUAACAUAAGGACGUCUUACUUCAUUGUCUAAAACGCAAUCACAUUUAUGGUGUCGGCACUUUGUAUCACAGUCGAUCUAAUAGCAUUCUUAACUGUCGAUGUGCUUUCAUCCAGAGUUGAUAACAGGGUAUUAUCCACCGUCUUACAUGGAUUAC